GAUUUGUCUUUACAUCAUACAUUUAUCAUACCAAGAAGAGCAUAAUCAUAAUAUGAGAUUUAUAAUUUCUUGUAGUUUCCUCUUUGCCAUAAUAAUAAUAUUAAUCCUAUGUUAUGAAACCAUAGCUCAGACAGAUUUUACUCCAUCAUGUGCUGAUGAUAAUAGCAACUACACAAAAAACAGCACAUAUCAACAAAACCUCAACACACUUUUAUCAACUCUAACUUCCAACACAGAAAUCACCUACGGUUUCUACAACUUCUCAUUCGGCGAAGACAACAACAAAGUAUACGCCAUAGGAUUAUGCAGAGGAGAUGUUAAUCCAAAUGAUUGCCGCAGUUGUCUUAACAAUUCAAGAGUUCUUCUAACACAAAAUUGUCCAAACAAAAAAGAAGCAAUUGGUAGGAUUAACAAAUGCAUGCUGCGUUACUCAAACCGGUUGAUAUUUGGACUAAUGGAAACAUUCCCUGAUUUUUCUAUUCCGAAUCCAUUCAAUGCAACAGAUGUGGGUAAGUACAAUCAAGUGGUAGGGAAAUUGUUGUAUGAUUUGAAAACUGAAGCUGCAACUGGUGAUUCUAUGAAAAAAUAUGCUACAAGAAACGUAACUGGUCCAAAUUUUCAAGAUAUAUAUAGUCUUAUGCAGUGUACACCUGAUUUAAGUUAUUUGGAUUGCAAUCAAUGUUUGGAUCAAGCUAUAGCUAGUCUUCCAUCUUGUUGUGUAAAUAAGGUGGGUGGGAGAGCUAUUAGACCAAGUUGUAAUCUUAGAUAUGAAAAUUAUAGGUUCUAUGAACGUAAUGCUCAACCUCCGCCACCUACUUCACCAUCGACCAAUCACACUUCCUCUCAAGGAAAGGAUCACACAUCCAGAACUGCCAUUAUCAUAGCAAUCCCAAUUGUUAUUAUUGUUUUGGUGGUCUGUUUCAUCUGCAUUUAUCUACGACUACGUGUGAAGAAACCAAGGAAAACUAAUCAAAAAUAUGGCAAUAUCUCAGUUCCUUCAGAAAAUGAUGAAAUUAGAAACUUUGAGUCAUUACAAUUCAACUUUGACACUGUAAAAGUUGCUACAAAUGACUUCUCUGAUUCUAAUAAACUUGGCGAAGGCGGAUUUGGAGCUGUUUAUCAGGGUACGCUCUCUAAUGGACAAGUGAUUGCCGUCAAAAGGUUGUCCAUGAAUUCUGGCCAAGGAGAUCUGGAAUUUAAGAAUGAAUUAAUCUUGAUGGCUAAACUUCAACAUCAAAAUUUAGUUAGGUUACUUGGUUUUACUAUCGAAGGGAGAGAAAGACUACUAGUCUAUGAAUUUGUUCCCAAUAAAAGUCUUGACUACUUCAUAUUUGAUCCUACAAAGAAAGCACAAUUAGAUUGGGAAAAACGCUACAAAAUCAUUAAAGGUAUUGCUCGAGGUGUUCUCUAUCUUCAUGAGGAUUCUCGACUACGCAUUAUACACCGUGAUCUCAAAGCAGGCAAUAUUCUCUUAGAUGAAAACAUGAAUGCUAAGAUAUCAGAUUUCGGCAUGGCAAGACUAAUUCUUGUGGAUCAAACACAAGAAAAUACAAGUAGUGUUGUUGGAACUUACGGGUAUAUGGCACCUGAGUAUGUAAUGCAUGGAGAAUUUUCAGUAAAAUCAGAUGUCUUCAGUUUUGGUGUACUAGUUCUUGAGAUUAUAAGUGGCCUAAAGAAUAGUGGCACUCAUCAUGGGGAAAUUACGGAGGAUCUAUUGAGCUUUGUAUGGAAAAGUUGGAGGGAAGGAACAACUACAAAUAUUAUAGAUUCAUCACUAUUCGACGACAGUUCAAGAAAUGAAAUCAUGAGAUGCAUUCAUAUUGGGUUACUUUGUGUGCAAGACAAUGUAGCUAGAAGACGAACCAUGGCUACCAUUGUACUUCUGAUAAGUAGCAAUUCUCUCACUCUCCCUAUACCUUCAGAACCUGCAUUUUUUAUGGACAGUAGAACGGUAAGUCUUCCAGAAAUGCGGUUGUGCGAAGAGAAUUCAGGGACAACGAGAUCAAGUCAAUCUACAACUAAAUCAGCUCCAGUAUCAGUAAACGAGGCUUCAUUUACUGAUCCAUAUCCUCGUUAGAUUCUAGCUUAGUUUAUAUUAAUUACACCAUCAAUGUUUUGAACAAAAUACAAUGUCAUGGAACACAUAAUUUGUUCCUGCAAAGUCUUGCAUAAACAGACUGCAUAUCCAAUUUGUAAUAUAACUGGUAU